AUGGCUGCGCAGGACGAGUCUAGGAAGGCCCCUGUUCGCUCUGCAACUGCGUGCACCGAAUGCCAGCGCCGAAAGCAAAAGUGCAAUCGAACAUGGCCUUGUAAUCACUGCCAGGCGAGAAAAAUAGCACACCAAUGUAAAUUCGUCCCGAAAAAGGCUGUAAGGGCUGCUAAUUUAGCGGCCAACGAUAAAAGAACGCCGGAGGCCCACCAAAUACAUCCUGAAGACCCAAAACAAGGGCAGUUACUUGAUGACGGCAUUAUAUCUGCGAACAAUGAUGAUUUCCGAUCCCUCGGGUAUCUACCUGAUACUCAAAAUGUGCCGGAUAACGGUGCCCAAGAGCCAGCCGCGAUCUCACUAGGUAGUCAGGCCAGUCUUUCUAGUGAGAUGAAGAACGCCUUACAUGCCAUUCCUCCAAAGCCAUACACAGAUAUCCUCGUCGACCAUUUCCUCGAUAACACAAAUUACCAAUACUAUGCUCUCUACCCACCGGCUUUUAUGCAGGACUAUAACGCCUGGUGGUCAGGGAGAGCAACUGGUUUGCAGCCCACUCCAGAGUUUACAUGCUUAUUGCUCCGCCUUUGUGCGUGCUCCAUUUCUUCCCUCGACGAAGAUAUACGCCAAAAAUUGGAAUCAGAGCUAGGACAGCCCGUCGACGGCCUCUCAAUAUUAUACCAUAGGACGGCAAAACAAUUGAGCAGUACAAUAGGCCCUGGUAAGGGCGGCUUGAUGCAAGUGCAACAAUUGUUCUUAACUGCCCAGUGGUUUAAAACCGAAGCAUUAUUCGUGGAGUCAUGGCAUGCCUUGGGUGCCGCUAUUCACGAGGCACAAGAGCUAGGCAUGCACAGAAGCUCUUCAGGUCCAAGAUUCUCUGACUUUGACCGGGAAAUGAGAAGGCGACUCUGGUUCAUACUGUACGCCUGGGAUUGGCAAAUGUCUUUACUACUUUCCCGCCCGUUUAUAAUCAACAGCACUUGCUGUACGUUUGAACUGCCCGACUUGCGGUUGGAUCCCGUGGACUCCCAGCCCGAAACGCCUUCCCCAAUUACCCACAUGGUUCUUCAAUGUCAGCUCGGUCUGUCAAUAUCAAAAUUACCGGGAGUGAUGGGUGGUGUUCUAUCGUUAACCCAAGCAAUGGCCGUCCAACAAGAAACGGAGAAAUGGUUCAAAUCAUUCCCUCCGGCAUAUUCCAUUUCAAAUCCCGAUACCCGAUGGGACGAAACUCAUAGAUUCAUAAAACUGCAACGCUUCCAACUACAUGUCAUAGGAUAUAUGAUGAUACUGAUGCCGCUAAAGCAAUGCCUAACAAAAUAUAUCGACCCGAUUAGCUCCAGCAUAGAAAAGGGUCUACAAACAACCGCAGUUGAAAAUGCACUAAAGCUGCUUGAGGCCUGCAACGACCUACUGAGGCACAUACUACCCCUGAACGCAAAAUUCCAUUUUGCUCCUUUUCUCAUGUUCGACACUACCGCAAUGUUAUGCUCCGCCAUAGUACACGAUAAAAACAAAAUCCUUCCACAGCGAGACAGGAUCCUCGAAGCGAUUCCGAAAACACUUGCCGAGCUGGGACGUUUAUCGGAGCGUGCAAAGACUGGAAUGAUCUGCUAUACAGCUUUGAGGAAGCUCGUCGCUUGUCUUCCAUUGGUGCCAAAAGAAGCUUUGGCUUUUACAGACUCCACUCCCGAGAGCUCAAUCGAAGCGCCUCCAACUUUAUCAGAUAUACCAGGCAUCCCACACCCUUUACCUGGUACUGCUGUGACACUAUCGCCGGGAAAUAUAUUUCACGAUGGGCUUCUUGCUCCUACGUCUCUAGAUUUUCUGCCCUCAGACCCGAUGGGUGGGUAUAACGGAUUCACAGAUCUGUCACAGAUAGAUCUGGGCGAGCUGAGUCAGAUUUGGGAUUGGGGAAGUCUUGAUAUUGAUUUUCCGAAUGAAUCAUUUUAG